ACUAAGUUCAAUAGUGAGUCUAUUGGGAUUUCCUUUCAAACUUCAAGAAUCUGAGAAGUUUCUGCCAGGGACAACAGUCAUGAAGCUGGGACACGUCUUUCUGUUUGUAACUUUUGCCGUCUGCAGUUACUCUGCUACCGCUUUCUUCAUCAACAGUGGGUCUCUUCCCAUCAACAAUUUCAUGCCCCUGGACAUGAUCCUCUCCAUUAUUGACCCACUGAAAAUGGUCUUGAAAACACUGGGCAUCUCUGUGGAGCACUUGGUUGAAGGGCUAAAGAAAUGUGUGGAUGAGCUGGGGCCUGAGGCUUCCGAAGCUGUGAAAAAACUUCUGGAGGCUUUGUCCCACCUGGUGUGAUUUCAGGAUGAUAGACAAAACAAGUAGCUGCAUGCUUCAGGAUCCUCCCUUAUCUUCCUCUUAUCGUUUUAAUGCUUUAUCAUUUGCCUGACUCCAGGCAUCCUGAAUUGUAUCAAUAAAGCACUUAGACAGUUUU